ACCCCACGGAAUGGCCAUUAAAGUCUGUGAGUAGCGACGGAGUGAUCUACGUCAAGACAGAUCCGAUUGCUUCACAUGUUGUAGGGAAAUGAAGCUUUAACGACCUGUUCCUUCAAAUGUUUACCUUUAACAUAAAUGUUUAAAACAGCUGUGUACUCUGGGAAAAACGUGUCCGCAUCAUCGGCUGAGAGGUGAUUCUAUCCAUCCUUUAUCGGUGACUUGUGUGUGAUCAACUUUGAAAUACUUCCCUACAACCACACGGAUUUACAAGUUCUAUCGAGAUAUCUUUUACACUUUAACCCUGCGAGGUGAGGAAGAACAUUCAGGCAGCCGUUCACGCAAUCAGCUUGACAAGAAGUACCGGGAAGCGGCUCUGAGAGCAGGGCCUGGUGCUGCCACCUAUCCCGGGUCAGUUUGCGCUACAUUAAGCCGUGGACUGUGAUUUGCUGCAAGUAAAAGGUGAGUUUUAAAGACCUGUCUCCCCGUGGCACUACCGUCCUCACAACACUGGUGGAUCUACAAAUAGAAAACGUGGUGUUGAGUUACCAGCCCAAGGCAGGCGAGAGGGAUUGCGCCACUACGCUACUACUAUAGGAAGACGAGUUAGUGAGGCAUGAUAGAUGGAACUCGCAGACAAUGUAUUAGCAAUUCGCAGAAACAACCACUGCCACAGAGGGAAGGUCUGUUCCGGCGUGUGUGGAGUUCAGUGGAACAGCUAUAUAUACAUGGUCGUGAUAGACAGUCAUUGAACACGAAGUUCCCUUGGUCUGCUGUUUAGGAACGACUCGCUGGAAAAUGAGGGAGAUUAGCGAGCCAGUUACAUCGUGCCUCGGUCUGUGAUCAAGGUGUAAAUGUGGACAUGCUACGUAAUGCAACUGAAGUACAAUACCACACGGAAUAUUCACUGGACAACGGAACAAAAGGAAACAUAGAAGAUUUAUGGUACCCAAACACAUUAUACAUUCUCAGGGGUGUUUUUCUCACGUUGGUGUGUGUACUAGGGACGGCGUUCAAUGCUUUCAUGAUUAUUGCUAUUGUCCCGAACAGGCGUCUCCGGAAUGUUCGCAACAUCCUCCUGGUUCAUCUCGGGGCCGUCGGCCUGGCGGCAUCCCUCACGACAACGUUGUACUCGGCUGUGGUUAUAUUCCUUAAAGAAUGGUCCGGCGGAGACGUUGUGUGUCAGAUCUACGCUUUUCUUAAUUCCGUGUUCACGUGCGUAAUUGUGUGGACAAUCACAGCAUUGAGCUGGGAUAAGUAUCAGACCAUCGCAUCCCCCCUUCACCACUCUCUCACCGCCACAUUCGUCAAGAUGUCCACGUGUUUCUCAGUGUUCUGGGUCUCAAGUUUAACCCUUUCACUUCCGCCGUUGUUUGGAGCUAACGAGUUCAUCUUUCACCCUGCUAUGGGGCUCUGUGCUGUUAACCCUUCCCACUCUGAAGGCAGGUGGUACACCAUCGUAUAUGUCUGUGUAGUGUUUUUUGUGCCAUUCUGUAUAAUGAUUUAUUGCUAUGCUCAUAUAUUCCAAAUAGCUCGGACACAAAGCAGCAGAAUAGCUGCGACAAUGCUCCGAAUGGUCAGUGUGAUUCAAGCGCCAAUUGCUCCUACAAAUACAACCAAUUCAUUAUCAAUGAGAGGUACAAAGGCAAUGGGAACUAUUCUUCAGCUUGUGGGAUCCUUUGUUCUUACGUACAUACCAUACGCUGUUGUGCUGAUGUAUGCUGUCAUAACACAAAAUAUGCCUGAAAGUACGUUUGUCUCAGUAGCAACAACCUUGUUCCAAGCCUCACCAUGUACCAAUGCUUCCGUUUAUGGUCUACGAAAUAAGAUAUUACGGGCGUCAUUUUACCGUUACGUUCGACGGAGACUCCAACAUGCGUGUUACAAAGACAGGAGAAGAGGAAGUGUUAAAUCAUUAACCCGGAAGUCUUCCUCUACCCAGAAGCUUUCUCAACUAAACCGGAAGUGUCAAAACGGCAUCCGGGGCCCUAUGAGGCGUACCCACAGCUUUCAAGUGGCAUCCACGAGGUUUCAAGGUAGCCCUAUUGUCAACAUUAAGAAAGGCCUACCUCGGCCUCAUUCCUUCUCUGUCAUGGCCGUGAAUGGACAGCCCGUGAGUUGUUUAGAAGAGGAAAUUCAAGAAUGUUUGUAGUUUCAUACGAAGGAAGAUAUACGUUGUGAUUAUAUUUAUUUUGUAUUUAUAUGGAGCGUUACGAACGAAAGGUUGGUUGGGUCAUUUUACAUAUUUAUGUGAUAUUAUUGACAAUCUGCAUCAAGAGAUUUGUCUUGUCAGCUUUGGCCCUAAAUUGCACUGUGACCCUUUGUUAAAUGUUUGCAUAAUUGCUUAUCAAGGUAAAAGCACGUUCUGAGAUAUUUGUAUUUGUGAUGGCCAUUUUAUAUGUAUAUUUGUUUUGUAUUGUUAUAUAUAUACCGUACCACCAUGAUGUAUGCCGUACCACCAUUGAUUCCUCCCUCACAAAAUCCAAAUAAGCCUGACAACGUAUUACCCUACAGUGUGAAUUUACGCACUGGGUGAAAUUAUCACAUUGUAAAAUACAAGAAUAUGAAGUUUUUCUUCCUUUAAACUCUAUAUUCCUAAAAAGAAUUCUUUUCAUUCUCUGUAUUUUCUCUGACAGGUGCUCAAUCACUUCCCGUUGUAGCAGUUAUGGAAAGUAUUUUCUCUGCCUAAUUCCUCAUGUGUUAACAUGAACAGAAAUAAUGGGUAUUGGUAGAAAUAGGAUAUACCCCCGCCUGGGCUGACUGUUUGCUUGUUUACCUCGCCUCUCAUGUUUUGUCUGUAACAUGGGAUUAAUUGCAUUUAGGCUGUCUAUGCUGCUAAGAUUUCCUGAAGAAAAUGUGAUCUUAAACCUUCUACAUCCCAAUAAAUGCCUUCUAAUGGGUUAUUGCAGACUCCGAACUAAUGUCACUUAAAGAUUAGACUCUGUUGUCUGCACUUCAACGCUGUGGUAAUUAUCUUAAAACACCAAUUUGAACUUUCUCUUAAUAUAUUUAAACUGUUUGAAGAUCGGGGAAUAGACAGGAAGAAUGUGCUGUUAUUAAGCCGAUAGCUCUUGCAAUGUUGUGUUAAGCGUUAUGGGGGCUACAUGUACCAUGUUGCAAUCCCAUUGCAAAGGUUUCUCGGUGCUUUCCAAUUCCAACCUCAGAUUAAGGUAAUUACUUCAAUUAUUUUGUAAAUAAAAAGAUAACUUUCUGUAGGUGUUUCGCUGACUGUACAUUAAGCCAUUAGAGAAGAUCAUUUCGGAUGAACACGCGUUGUUUAGGGUUCCUGUAGAAAACAUUUACAAUGACAAUUUGAAAAAAAGUGUGUGCUGCACUGUUUUACAAUUGCCUCUCAAGGUUCAUCUCCUCAGCGGUGACAUUUUCUUAUGUAACAUGACAGUAUCUGAAAAUAAGGAUCUCUCUCCUUUCAUGUCUUACAACACACCUGUAAUUAAUAUAAAUCAAGUAAAAACAGGUGUCAGUUCACGAACACUGUUUCCGCUCAGCAUAUUCCACGCUCGAUCGAUACGAAAGACGGCUGAUUAUUGUAGUGUGAUAUCCAAGGGCAUUAAGUGUACGGGACUGACACAUCCCCACAUGGUAGCCAUGGCGUGUAGAUUAGCCUCUAGAGGUUAAUGGGUUAACAAAGCUGCCAGAACGGCUUCCCAAGCGAGCCAAGCUUUUAUUACUAAGCUUGGUGUAUAUGCAGAUAACUUCUGAUUCGAUCUGCACAUGGCACCAGUAAAUCGUGACAUGCUCUUCCCAAAUAUCUGAUUCAGACAUAUAUUGCAUAAUUCUCUGCUAUAAUGGAGAUGAUAUCCAAACGGGGUCGAAAUUUGAAUUGAUGAAUACGCCAUAUUGAAAACUAUUGCAAAUGAGCUUAGUUUAUUAAAAUCGGUAUUAAAUGCUACAUGUAUACAUUUAGUAAUACACAGUUUGCAGGGCGUGGACAUUGAACAAGUGUGUGAAGGAUGAUAUGACAUAAAGUACAUACACAUGUACAACUCUAUCAUUUCCACUAUAUAGUGUACCCUUUGUUGAUAACCGUGGAAAACUGUAAGGAGAAAUGUCUUAGUCAUACUACUAAUGUGUAUUAUUCAAACACAAUAUGUUUGUAAGGUUUGGCUCGAUAACAAACUCAUUUCAAUUUCGACUUCUUUAAGCUUACACUGAAAAUAUACCUUUCCUAUUAUUAUUGACGGUUCUCGCCUAAGCUCGCAUCAGGGGACUCAUGGCGAAUUGGCUGUGAUAAAAGCCGAGACGCAAUUAAUAGAUAACACGCUGCAUAAUGUACACAGACUCUGUUCCGAGCUAAAAACAUUAACUUCUUAUUGGUACGUCAUAAAUAUAUCAACGUGUUUCACAGAUAAGUAUAUAUAGAUAAGUUGCGUGCAUCGCGCACCGGCAGCAGAGCUGUAUGUACAGGGCAGGGUAUCGUACACUGGCUCGACAUGCAGUCACAACUCGCGAUUACACAACAGUAAAUAAGUACAUCAUUUCUUAUAGUAUUUGUCUUAUAAUAACACUUUCGUCCAGUGAAAGAUGAUAAAAUUCCCAGGGAGAUAAAACAGUUUAGAUAUGUGUAUGGCUUCUUUCAGCGGUGUUGUUUCUGCACGUGAUGUGCAAUAGACUUAAAGAUAAACAGGAUGCUUUCAAUUUAACAAAUGUUUAAAUAUAGUACUAAAUGUGUCAAAUAACUUACAAUUUGAUAUAUUUCAUUAUAUGCCCAACCCCACACAAAGGGUGUGUGUGUGUUUGGGGGCGGGUGUGUGUGUGUGUUGAGUGAGUGACGUAACUGAAAUGUUAUUAUUCAAACGAUACUGAUUUCCAGUAAAUAUUAAGUUUUAGGAACAUAUUUUCAUGCGAAGGUAAUGUGUUUUCACAAAUAUCCAAUAUAUUCAUAUUACCGUCUAAUGUAUUCCUAAAAGAUCAAGUUUAAGCUGUGAUAACCAUUAGCUGUAAAAUGUUACUUCCCCAAAGUCGUUUAGGAAAGGAAACCCCACUGCGAGCUCACUGAUUUACAAGAACCAUGGCUACAUACUUGUAAUUCCUCCCCUCCUGGCUCAGUAUUGAGUGAUAGACACCAACACCCCCUCUUCUCGGCAUAAAUGAGCAGUUUAAUACAUCGUAUACCAAGGCGACCUUGAGAGAUACAACCCUGUCCGGCACCAAGCCUGUUCCAUAAAGCUGCCAUCUGUUAGAUGUAGCAUUGUUAAGCUUGGCCAAGUGCAAGGAAACACUCCCAGACGGGGCCCCCUGCUAAGGUUAAUUAAAGUGGCAGACUCGUCCCAAAGGCUCUCGAAGGCAUGUAAACGUUAGGAUCCAUCGGUUUGCUUAUGCUUGCCUUCGUUCCAGUAUGUUAGGAGGGAGGUCCUGAAUUAAUAUGAAACACCCCAUCUGCUUUGAAAAUUAGCAUAGGACCAAACUGGAUUGAUCUGGGUCACCAAUGCAAUCUUUCUUUGCGUCGGUAUGUUUAAGGUAUGCGAAUACCUAAACAAAAACAUGGAUUGACAUACAGUUCUCCACAUCACUUGUAAUAUAGCAAGAAACGUGUCGCAAGGAGCUCAGAAUAAUGAGUUACCAUAUUUUUGCCAUUAUCGUUCAAAAGGUUGUGUAGGCAAUUAACCUCAGGGAACCAGUGUUUUUGACAUUAGCAUAUACUGAUAGCUAGAUUUGUAUUUCAUGUAAUACCAUGAUUGAAGAGACACGUAAGAUUUCUUCAGUUUAACAGUAGUUCAGAAAUAGUAAAUUUGUCAAUUUUAAAAAAUCUGUAUUUAUAUAAGAAAAUAUUUCUUUGCUUCCAACAUCAUGGGAACAUACAUAAUAUUUCUUGGUUUACAUCAUAAAUCUGUGGUUAUUGAUUAUUUUCUUAGGGUCAGUAAUAUCUGUAAAGGUUGUCGAUUCAUAAAAAUGCCUUAUGCAAAACCAUAUUUACCUAUGAAACUUGAAUAUUAUGACAUUAUUUUUCAACCUCAUUACCCUAUAUACUUCAGUGGUCAUGAACAUGAUAUAAUGACACCAGCAUUAUUGGAAUCACUCACCAUGUAUUGUACUAUCAUCAGUAUGGUAUAUUUUUGGAUUGAAUCAACAUUGCCCAUGCAGCUAAACCACAUUAAAACAACGUCAUACGAUAUGUCCCCCGCAUUGUUUAUGUGUGAUACUCACCUUUCAUGUGUGUGUAAAUCACUCACUUUUUUUCUAUAACAAACAACCUUCUGUGUUGAAUAACGGACAGGGACCAAGUCCACACAAUGUUUUCAAGGCCAAUGUUAACACGAUUCGCUAAUGGUCAUGGCGUUGUUGUUUUUUGUUGCUCAAAAUGUUUGCUCAAAGCACAUGAUACUUUAUUUAAUAGUUUAUGUCAGUGGCGAUUUUUCUGCUAUGUCUGUGUAGUUGGUAUUGGAUUUUCUACUUCAGUGGUCAUUCUAUGGUAUUGUUAUUUAUUCUCACUUGCAUGCACGAUUUAUUGCUGCACCGCACAGAAAUCAAUAAAUGUCUAGUGGAGAAAUUGGACGGUCAAUUUGACUUUCAAAAGGCUAUGUUAUGUACACAUGGGUGACUUUUAUUUAUUUUGAAAGAGCGAGCAUAUCAGUUCAGUUUGAUUGUGGGUGUUAGUGCGCGUAGGAAUGAGUGAAUGUGGUUUGUUUUAUACGCCUUGAGUUGCAAUGCCUGACAAUACAGGUUCCAUUUCCGGCACACUGUAGGAAGUUGUGUUCCCUGUCUCCAGAAUAUCAUCAAAAAUGUGUCAAAACCGGACAUUAACACCAAACAAAGUAUUAGUACGUAUUGUAGCACUGUGUGCGAACUCCCCAAAACGGGAUGUUAUCGUACCGAUUAUGAGACUUUGCGUGCUGGCGAUUAGGUGCCUGACUCUAAAGUGGGUUCAAAUCCCGGAUGGGACUCAACAAAAUAAAAGUACUAGAAUCUGUACUUUUAUGACAAGGUGUCAUCCCCAAUAUAACAUAUCACGAUUAUAUUAUCUAAAAUCAAGUCAAUAUCAAUCGAGUGAAAUAUACUUCAUUACUACAAGUACAUUCUGCCUCUGAGUCGUUAUGGCU